AUGUCAAGUACCUUUUCAGGAAGAACUGCUGAUAGAAGUCCCGGAGAUGGAUUGGAGGAGCUAAUCGAUCUUAUCAUUGGGAAGCAGAAUGAUCUACUAGGACUGGUGCAGCUUAUAAAGAAGGAAUAUACAUUAGAGGAACUAUCAGAGCGAUUAAAUGUGUUACAGGAAUACUUUAAUGAACAGCUUGGUACACUUUCUUUGUGUCAGCUAAAAGAUCAUAGUGUGUUGUGGGUUUAUACUUUAGAGAGUUUGAGCAGCCAAAUAUUAAAUUAUAAAACCACAUUCGAUAUCAGCUUAUCUUUAUGCGAUGAAGAACAAGCAACAGAAAAGACCAACUUAAUAGGGAACAUUGCCGCUAGGUUAGGCAAAUUAUUCACUGACAUGUAUUAUAAUAUUAACCAAUUUCUUGCAAAGGAAUCACAAAAUAUAUCAAAAUACUUAUCUUCCUCAAUUCUCCUCGAGACGUUAUUGACUUUUUUGAUAAAGAGUCUUGAUACUAUCAUCAUUGACAAACCCGAGGAGAUGCUGUAUUUGGAGGAUAGCAAAUCCACCGUCAUCCUUAUGAGCGAAUUUAUUCAAGGCUUUUACACCGCUCUUUCAUCCUGCGAUGAGAGUUGGAGGAAUCAAGGAUUAUUUCUUUCAUUUCCUAUGUUGAGCCGAUUUGUGAACGCAAUUUACAAAUGUGCAUUGUCCUAUUUACUAAUUCCAUUACUAAAACCACAGAAAGGGUUUCACGAUCCCAUUGUUAAUCCGAAGUUUGCUAUUGAGGCUGUCAAAUCUUUUUCUGUUGACUAUAAUGAUGUGAUUAACUAUUUCAAAUACGUAGCAUUCAACUUGGUUACUUUGUCCCUUGGCGAUAACGUUACAAUAUCUGAUUUUUACAAUGAAGCUGCAGAUACCUAUUUUGUUGUGUUGCUAAAUUUACCAAAUAUAAAGGUGGAGCAGCAUCCUUUCACGUUUGCAUCAUACCGCGAUGAAGAAAUUAAUACUUCUACUGAAAGAAAAGAACUCUCGAUGCUUUAUUUAAUCAACUAUCUUUUAAAGCUCAAUGAUAUUGGCCAAAUAAUUAACCCGUGUGACAAUUUCAUAAGCGAACUUAAAUUGCUAACAAAUUCAUUAUCCAAAGAUCUUACUAGUGAAAUGACUAAUUUAACAAGAAGAGGAAGUUCCUUCUCAUCUGAAAGAUCGCGAUCAGAAUCCGAAUCAGAUUUGAGUGAAAAAAGGCAAAAUAGCACGGCUUGUCUGGUUUCGUUGAGUUCGAUCCUUUUGGAUGGUACCUAUAAAGAAAAGUUAAUAAUGUUAGUUCACUUUUUUGAUCUUUUUAAAAAUGAAAUAAAAAUUUCCAAGAUACUUAAAAAGUUAUAUGAUAAUAAUGCGAUGACGACUUUUCAACACAUGGUAUCGAUGAUAGACCCUAAAAAAUAUCCCGGCAAGUGCUUGUUUGCCAAUGCUAUUAAUUUCAUUUCGAAACUCUUGUUUGUCUUGAGCAUCAAGUUUUUAGCAUUUAAUGGAGGUUUAAACAAUGUUUCGGAGGUACAACUCAACGAAAUGUUUGCAACGAAUUGCUCGGUUAUUGACGCUUUAAAGGUGAAGCAUGUCUUGGACUAUAAAGCAGAAAUUGGGCCAGAUGGAGACCUUGUAUUUAAUUUCAUUUCUUUGAAACCCUCUCAUGACAAAACCUUAGACAUUCGACAGCAAAUUUAUAUCAGUCAAACUACUAAAGAAGUGAGGGAAAUAAUUCAUAAGCUAGCAUAA